AUGUUUCAAGAGCUGAUACGAGUUGCAGUGUGUGGAGAUGAAUCUGUUGGAAAAUCAUCUUUAAUUACAUCACUUAUCAAAGAAACAAUAUUUGAAACUCCAACAACCAAUAAUGUUUUACCACCAAUAACAAUAUCAAGAAAUGAUUAUAAUGAAAGUUUCAAAGAACAAUCAUUCGCUAAAUCGAAUAAAAAUGAAAUUAUAAAUGAAGUAUCAGAGUAUAUACCAAACACCACAACUAUAGUCGAUACGAACUCCUCUGACCAUGCAUCAUUAACUCAAGAAUUGAAAAGAGCUGAUGUAAUAUGGUUAGUAUAUUCUGAUCAUUAUACAUAUGAAAGAAUUUCACUACAUUGGAUGCCAAUUUUCCGUUCAUUAGGUGUUAAUUUACCUAUAAUUUUAUGUGCCAAUAAAUCAGAUCUUUCUACUAAAUCGACAUGGAAAAAUCAAAAUAAUGAUGAAUUUAUUCCUUUAAUUAAUGAAUUUAAAGAAAUCGAAGCUGGUGUAAGGACAAGUGCAAAAAAUAAUUAUAAUGUUGUUGAAGCAUUUUAUUUAUGUCAAAGAGCUGUAACUCAUCCUAUUUCACCAAUUUUUGAUACAAAAGAAGGAAAUUUAAAACCUGGUGCUAUUGCUGCUUUAAGAAGAGUGUUUUUUUUAUUUGAUACUGAUCAGGAUGGGUUUUUAAAUUUUGGAGAAUUUAAUGAAUUACAUAAAAAAUGUUUUGGAUUUCAUUUGGAUGAAGAUGAAUUUAAUGAAAUUUUUAAAUAUGUUAAUUCAAAAUUAUUAAGUGAAGAUAAUAAUGUUAUUAGUGAAGAUGGGUUUAUUUUAUUAAAUAAAUUAUAUGCUGAAUCAGGUAGACAUGAAACAAUAUGGUGUAUCUUAAGAGCUAAUCAUUAUACUAAUUCUUUAUCUUUAAAUGAUAAAUUUUUAUUUCCAAAUCUUGAUUUAAAUCCAAAUGCAAGUGUUGAAUUAAGUCCUACAGGAUAUAGAUUUUUGGUUGAUUUAUUCAUUAAAUUUGAUAAAGAUAAUGAUGGUGGAUUGAAUGAAGAAGAAUUAAAAAAUCUUUUUAGACCAACUCCAGGUAUACCGAAAUUAUGGAUUGAAACUAAUUUUCCAUCUUCUAUCUUAUGUAAUGAAGAAGGGUUCGUGACAUUGCAAGGUUGGUUAGCACAAUGGAACCUAACUACUUUUUUGAGUUACAAGACAACACUUGAAUAUUUAGCAUACUUGGGUUAUGAUGAAGGAAAUUCUAUAAAAGCUUUAAAAGUGACAAAACCAAGAAAGACUCGUCAAAAACAAGGUAAAAUAUAUAGAAAUUCAGUUACUGAUCGUAACAUUUUUAAUUGUUUUGUUGUUGGAGCUCCAAAAGCUGGAAAAUCAUCAUUACUUGAUCUGUUCUUACAUGGAACUUAUAGUGACGUUUAUUCCCCUACUAUUCAACCAAGAUUAGCUAUCAAAGAUAUUGAAAUUAGAGGAGGUAAACAAUGUUACUUGAUUUUAGAAGAGUUAGGAGAAUUAGAACCAGCGAUUUUAGAAAAUAAUAAAAGAUUAGAUGAAUGUGAUGUUAUAUGUUAUACUUAUGAUUCAUCGGAUCCUGAAAGUUUUCAAUACUUGGUUGAUUUAAGAGAAAAGUAUUCACAUCUAGAUGAAAUUCCUUCAGUAUUCGUAGCGCUAAAGGCGGAUUUAGAUAAACAACAACAAAGAUCAGAUGUUCAACCAGAAACUUAUACGAGGGAUUUAUUUUUGAGUUCUCCAUUGCAUAUAUCAUCAUCUUGGAAUAGUUCAUUACAUGAAUUAUUUAUACAAUUAGUUGAUGCUGCAAAGAAUCCAUCUAUUUCUACUCCUGGUUUAGAAAUUGAAAAAUCAGUCGAUGAAGAGAAUUUAAAACAUUUAUUAAUGGCUGGUGGAGCUAUUGGGGUGAUGGCAUUAGUCAGUAUAUGGAUGUUGAAUAGUAUGAGAAGACGAUAA